CAUAAAUUCAAUUUGAUUUAUUUCAGUUGUGUAGUUGUAUGGUAGUAUUGGCCGAGGGCUAACCGCCUCGAGAUUCAAAUGGAAAAGCUUUCGCUUGAUGUCAUCGCAGGUCCUCUUCUCACUUACUCUCUCUCUCUCUCUCUCGCUCGCUGGCUUUUCCGACUUUUCCGCUUUUCUCUCAGUCUUAAAAAGCGUGGCAGCAGCCGAAUGCGUUCAGUCGAUUUCUGUCGGCCGUGCGGCAAACACACAGCGCGCUUUUCAGCCAACUCAACCAGCUCCGGAUUCAGCUUACAGCAGCUUGCGAACAGCAGACAUCGCGUCAUUAAUCGCAUCGUGCGACAGGACCCGCAAACCAGUUUUCCCAGCAACGCGCGCACUUUUCCCGCUUUCGAAACUCCGUUAACGGUCUCGUUUUUCCACCUUAUCGCCUUGACCGCUCCGGUGCCUCUAGUUUGCAUAUUUAUGUUUGCUUAACCAUUCCGUUUCGGUGUCAAAAAGCAUCUCCGAAUCCCAAUCCAAUCCAAACCGAACCAAACCAAUCCCGGCGAUAAGAAACUGCCGGGCAAACGAAGAGCUUGACGCAGAAUUGUACAACACAAAAGUGAAUUACAAAUCAAUUGAGAAAGCCCUCCGCUGCGAGACAUAAACCACUCGAUUCCAUUUCGAAAGUGAACCGCUGAGGGAGUAAAAAAAGAAGCCCGCAUGAGUAACAGCGCCAUGGUGGCCGUGGCCAUCUGCUGCAUCCUCGUCCUGCUGGCCGUCUUCAUCGUGAUCAUCAUAGUGGUCGGGCAGACCAUCGAGGAGCCCAAGUGAGACAUGCUCCAGCUGGGACCUGGCAACUUCCCAGAUGGAUAACAGAGGCCCCCAAACUGUUAGUUUGCUGGGGCCGCCAGCAAAAAAUCGUUGCCACCUCAACAGCAUCUGCAGCAUACGCAAAAUCAUCACCGCCAUUUUCACCAGGCUGAAAAAUUAACCAAAAAACUAGAAGGAAGGAGCAGAAGGAGGAGCGAAGGAUCAGGAGCGGAGGAAAUGCGUCCCAUCGUCAGUAUCCAUUGGCUGUGAUGUGAAAUUUUUAGAAUUUGUGAAGCAAAAAUCAAUCGAGAAAUCAACCCAACACAAAAACAACAAAAAGGAGCAACUUAAUUUGUUGAACAUUCCGCAUCCUGAGGACACACACAUCUUCAUAACGCAUUUCUGUGUGUUAAGUGUUGUUAAUAUAAAUGUAUAUAUACUAGACACAAAAUCUAUGAAUACCAAAAUAUAUAGAUAUCUAGGCAGACUUAUGUACUUAUAUAUGAAUAUAUAUAUAUAUAUGUGUAACCCAACCGUCGUAACGUUGCGUUCUUUUUUAUAAAAGUGUUGUUAACAAAACCGAUUUUUAUUGAUGUUUUAUUGAUGUUGAAUACAACGUAUAUACAUGCAUACACACACGCAAGUGGAAUAAGUUUACAUUAAAGUCCAGCGAUGUCAAAAUUGAUGAGCGGAGCGACCAGAAAUCGCAGGAUGCGGAAACGGAGAUCGGAUGAGCAGGACAAUAGGGAAUGCAACUGGAGAGCUCAAUUGUUUAUUAUGCCGUAAGAUCAUAUCAAGUGGGAGCGAUGCCAGCAAUUGCACUUGUUAAUUGCACAGCAAGAAGAGCCAAAAUCCCCCAAAUGGGAUUCAGCGGGAACUGGAGCAUAGGAGACAUGAAUUAUAUAUAGCCGAGAUAUGCAUUUUAUAUAUCAACAACUUUUGGAUAAGUUUUACGUGUACGUGAACCUAGCUGUAGCCAAAAUCUCGUGUGUACAACCAAAAUAAGCUGUUAUCAACUAUGAAACUUACUCACUUAAAAUCAAAUUACGAAACUUUGAUAGCCCAUAAAAUGUAAUUAAAUAAGCCCCAACACCACAACUACUCCAAUUAAAUCAAUUCAAUGCAAAACGUACGUGCGCCGUAAACGAUAAUGAAAAAAAACUUCCACUCAAUUCAACUCAACUCAAUUUUAAUCAAUGCAAAUGCCAGACUCAGCAAACACAAUAUUGAACAAAUGAUCAACGCGCCGCGCAUAAAUUAAUAUUAUAAUUAAGUAUAAACAUCAACAACUGUGGCCAAUGUCAGAAAAUAGAGAAAGAGUGUGAUCAGACAUUCGUGUCGCGGAUCGGCGGACCCCAGAACGGCAGCUUCUCGGCUCCGCUGCUGCACAACCAUCGCAAUCACUCGCGCC